ACAGGCUAGUACAUUGCUUGAUCUCGACUGGUACAGUUGGCAGCGACUUAAUUUUGAGCUUGUAUAUUAACCUAACAUAAAAAUGCUGCGAUUAGUCGUCUUGCUCGUAGCGGCAGUUGCUGUGUCUGCUAAUGUCAUCCACGAAAACAUUUGCCCUGUGUUGAAGCCGGUAGAAAACUUCAAUUUAACAGCUUAUCAAGGCACAUGGUACGAGAUCUCCAAAUACCCAAAUUCAGCGGAGAAGAACGGCAAAUGCGCCUCAGCCGAGUACAAACUCGAUGGAGAACUGAUGAAGGUGAAGAACGUCCAUGUCGUGGAUGGAGUUCAAACAUAUAUUGAAGGCACGGCCAAGCUAGCUGCUGAUGCUAAUAAGGCUGGCAAGCUGGUCGUCUCGCUUAAGUUUGGCGAUGUUACUAAGGACUCCCCACUGAAUAUUCUGGCGACGGACUACACUCACUACGCCAUUGCCCACAACUGCAAAUACGACGAGAAGAACAAGAACCACCAAGAUUUCGCCUGGAUCCUAUCGCGAAGCAAGAAACUAGAGGGUGAUGCCAAGACCGCCGUGGACAACUACCUGAAGGCCAACGCUAAGGAGCUGGACACAACCAAGUUCGUGCAGACCGACUUCUCGGAGGCUGCCUGCAAGUUCACCAGCACAAGCCUUAUCACUGAAGCUGUGAAGCACCAUUAAUAACCCUGUGUGUACCAGUUAACUGACCCAAAGUCGCAACUUUUGAUAAAUCAUAAUAUAAAGAAUAAUAAUGUGCAUUACAUUCAAUCUUCUUCGUUUUUUUAUAUACUUUAACUUUUUGCUGCCCGACCUAAACCUUAUAGCAAGGAGAUAAAAUCUACCAACGGUCAGUCUUAUAUUGUGUAAGUUCCAAUAUUGUCUUUUAUAUGUGAAAAACAUCGGUAUGACUGUCUCUUUCCUUUUGUAGUCUUUAGUUUAAGGAUUUAAGCGGAAAUAAUUAGAAAAAGGCUCGUAUACAUUAAUUGAAGGCAUGUUAACAAAAACAACAUAACUAACAUUUUUUGCGGAUUUGAGUUUUUGAUAUCAUAGCCUUCGUCUAAGCAGGAUCUACACGUAGAGCAAAAGAUAGUGUCCAAAAAUAACCCCAAUUGUCCAAAAUCCACUAGUUAAGUAAGAUAAAUCUGUACCUCUCUGAUAGAAUACAAAACAUAAUUUCUAUAGAAACUUGUUUUAUUUUCUUACAAAUAGAACAUAACUAACAAAAUUUUACAAAAACAGCAUAAGUGACGAACUUAUUUUUCUAUUUUUUUCCAAAAAUACUGGUCUUUGAAAUGUGUAGGUAAUCGUAUAUUUCGGAACUAUUGGCCACUUACUAAAAUCACCUAUACAAUGUUUAUGUCCAAUAACUAGUAUAAGAAGACAUUUAGUUUUUUUCGUUUCCUGUAAAUUCAUGUCUAGUGUAGUUAUGUUGUUUUUGUAAACAUGCCUUCAAUUUUUCUCCUUUUGUUCUAGUGAUUUAUUAAUAUGCAUAUUGAUCUACGAGGAGCUUUUUAUGAAAAUGACUAACAACUUCACAUUUCGUAGUAAAUUGCUGGUGUCUGUUUAUGCUACUCUAACUACUUUACAUUUAAAGUGUGAUAAUUUAUGUAAGUCCGUUUAGAACUUAGUUGAAUAGUUGUGUAAUAAGGAUAUGAUUUUUCUUUCUCAUGUUUUAUUUGUUUUCUCUAUCCUAUACAAUACGUAAUUUUAAUUAUUUAAAUAAAGUUAAUUGCAUAAUUUACAAAACAAAAUAUACAAAUGGUCGGCUUAAUGCCUAUUAGCAAUCUGUACUAGUUAAUUAGAGACGAUUGGUUUCAUUUAAAAGUCGAUCGAUGGAUAUUUUUGCCAUUUAUUGAUAGAUCAUUGACAUUAUGUAGCGGUGUUUAAGAAUUUAUACGUGAUUUAACAAAAUAACAAGUGUUGUCUUAGAAUAAAAUAACAAUAAAAAUACCGGUCGUUUAUAAUAAAAAAAUCUAUAAUCACAGUUUUUUGUAAUAAGUGUAAGUAUAAAAAUUAAA